AUGUCUCUUUCAGUGUUCACUGUGGGUCACCACAAAACAAUCUUAGUGAGAAACCUUAACAACAAAGGCUAUGACUAUAAAAACGUGGCUUUGCGUGGAAAAGCGACACAGUCAACUCGUUUGGAGCAUAUAUUGGCAUCUGCUUCCAACGCCAUUGAUGGAAACCGUGAAUCUCAUUUUUUUGCCGGUUCAUGCAGCAACACUAAAAUGCAGACCAACCCCUGGUGGAGGGUGGACCUGCUGGAGUCCUACGUGGUCACUUCUGUUGUCAUUACCAACAGAAGAGACUGCUGUCCAGAACAAAGCAAUGGGGUAGAGAUUCGUAUUGGAAACUCUUUACGAAACAAUGGUGUUGCAAACCCAGUUGUUGCUGUAAUUCCCAAUUUCCCAGUAGGCACAAUUCACACAGUAACUCUUACAAAACAUGUGGAGGGACGUUAUGUGACUGUGGUUUUACCUGGUCGAAAUAAGUGGCUCGUACUCUGUGAAGUGGAAGUCUACGGGUAUCGUGCUCCAACGGGAGAGAACCUGGCACGCCAAGGAAAAGCUUCACAGUCAUCAUUGUAUUCAUUUCUGGGCAAUGCAUAUAAUGCUAUAGAUGGGAAUCGUGCCAGCAAGUAUGAAGGGGGCAACUGUGCUUGCACAAAAAGCGAGCUCAGUCCAUGGUGGCGACUGGACCUUGGAAAAACUCGUAAAGUGUUUUCUGUUAAGAUAACCAACAGAGAUGCUGCCCCAGAACAACUCAAUGGAGCUGAGAUCCGCAUUGGAGAUUCUCUUUCAAACAAUGGAAACAACAAUCCCCGGUGUGCUGUGAUCAGUCACAUCGCUGCAGGUUUUACCCAAACGUUCCAGUGUAACGGGAUGGACGGUCGCUACGUUAACAUAGUCAUUCCUGGAAGACAGCAGUACCUGAUCAUAUGUGAGGUGGAGGUGUAUGGCUCUGUAUUGGACUAGAUCUGAUGAAGUUCAAAAUGUACAACAGUGGAAAUUUACACAGCCGAUAUUUAGCUGAUGCUCCUUUAUAGAUUCUGGUAGAAAUCAUAUCUUAAGUUUCACUUAUGACAUUGACAUCAUUAGAGACAACAUAUGGUUAGAUCAUCAAAGCUGCAAUAAAACAUGUUUGAUCAAUAGGGGGCAGAAUAAUUCCAAAACAUGACAAACACAACCCCAACGUCACCAUCUAGUCCAAUAAAUGUGUUAUGGCUAAUAUGUUAGCAAAGAGUUUCCCAUUCACACAUCCUGUCAACAAAAACAACAUUAGCAUUCAUUCAGAGUCAUGUGUCUGCCUGCAGGAUGAAUGUGAAUCCAUUAUUCAAUCUCUGUUUAGCUCUAGUUUGGUGUCCAUGACUCCUGAUUAAAAA